AUGGCGGGUGAGGAUCAUCAGUGGCCGAGCAGCAUCCUCUACAACAUGCUCAUGAGCGCUAAGCAAAUGCACGAAGCUUCAGAAGUAAAGGAGGAGCCGGAGGCGCGGUUGAGGGGCCCGUGCCUGGGCUGCUCUUGUGGCGCGGAGCCCCCGGCGGGCAGAGAAGGGCAGCAGAACAGGCGGCCACUGGCAGUCCUGUACCGCUGCUGCUUGUGCGGUGAAGACCACCCACGUCAAGGCAGCAUCCUCUACCAUAUGCUCACGAGCGCAAAACAAACGCAAGAAGCUCCCGAGGGGUCCAAGGCACGGCUGGCGGGCGUGUGCUGGGGCUGCUCCUGCGGCUCGGAUACCCCCGCGGGCAGAGAGGGGCUGCCGGACGGGCAGGCCACGGCGCUCAUGUACCGCUGCUGCUUUUGCGGUAAAAACCACCCACGGCAGGGCAGCAUCCUCUACAACAUGCCCACGAGCUCAAAACAAACGCACGCGGCUCAGCCGGGAGUGCUGCUGGGGGCCCCCUGGUGGAACCCCUCGUGUGGCGCACAGCGGCGGGUGACCCUCAAGAGUCCACAGGUGGUCUGCGAGGCAGCCUCCGCGAGCCUCUUGAAGACGAUGCGCUUCGUCAAGUACUUACCCUGUUUCCAGGUUCUGCCCCUGGACCAGCAGCUGGUGCUGGUGCGCAGCGGCUGGGCGCCGCUACUCAUGCUGGAGUUGGCCCAGGAUCGCGUGAACUUCGAGACCAUGGAGACCUCGGAGCCCCGUCGGCUGCAGAGUAUCCUCACCGCCAGGCGGCGGGAGACCGCGGGCGACGAGCCGCAGUCUCUCCGUAGGAUGCAGCAACACUUGGUGCAGCUGACAGAGGCCGGGCGUUUGCCAUCAGCCACCGAGGUCCAAGCUAUUAAGAGCUUCCUUGCAAAGUGCUGGAGCCUGGGCAUCAGUUCCAAGGAGUACGCCUACCUGAAGGGGAUCGUGCUCUUUACCCCAGACCUGCCAGGCCUGCAGUGUGUGAAGUACGUUCAGGGACUUCAAUGGGGAACUCAGCAGAUCCUCGGCGAACACACCAGGAUGACGCACAGGGGGUUCCAUGCCAGAGUUGCUGAACUGAAUAGUGUCCUUUUUGAGCUUAGAUUCAUCAGUGCCAAUGCCAUUGCUGAACUGUUCUUCAGGCCCAUCAUCGGCAUGGUCAGCAUGGAUGAUAUGAUGCUGGAGAUGCUCUGCACAAAUUUAUAA